AUGGCGGCUUUGGUGCUGUUUUUUUCCCCGCUGCCGCGGCUUUGCGGUCUCCUGCAACGCUGCUGGGGGCGGCUGGAGCACGGCCUUUUGCUGGGUUUCUCCAGGAGCCAAAGCCCACCUUGGGGACCAGCAUUAGCUGUCCAAGCUCCAGCUUUGUUUCCAGAGCCAGUAGGCAGCACUGCAGAAAGUAAUGAGGUGCCCAGCCUCUUCGAUAGCAUCUUAUGGAUGGCAGCACCAAAGAAGAGGCGCACCAUUGAAGUGAACCGCUGCAGGAGAAGAAGUCCCAAUAAGCUUAUCAAAGUAAAGACGAACAUAGAUGUUUGUCCCGAGUGUGGAAACUUAAAACAGAAACACGUCCUGUGUGGCUACUGCUAUGCAAAGGUUAAAGCAGAAACCCGACUGAUACGGAUAGAAAUAGGUAAGAAGGAAGGAGGACCAUUUAAUGCUCCAACUGUAGAGACUGUCGUCCUUUAUGAUGGAGAGAAGCCCACGGAAAAAGAGGAAGGCAAGCGGGUCAUUGAAAGGGCCAGGAAGCGUCCGUCUUGGUUUGUUCAGAAUUGAUGCUCUAGAACAAUACCUCCCAGUGGCUGCAGCAAGAAAGAUCCUGACUUCCAAGAGUGUUUUCCUCACUUGGUUCACUGAAAAACAAGGGGGUUUUGGGAAGCCUGCUGGCAUUGCAUUGUCAUGUCCUAUGAUUGUGCAGGUGGGUGGGAAAUGCUUCUCAGUGCUACACCACAGCAGUCAAUGUUGGCCUUGGGUUUAGCACACUGAAUAGUUUGUGUGCUAAUGCUGGGUGCUGGUUUUGUAGCUGACAGGUUUUUAACUAAGGAGAAACAUUCACAGCUGUACAAUAAAGUAUGUUAAGU